CGAUUUCAGACGCCUCCACUUCGGUCGACCUCGGAAUCUCCGUUUUAGCGCACGGUAAUGACCGGUUGUCAUCCGCAAGUAUCCCAAAAUGUGUGGCGACAAGACUGAGUAUUUAGUGGUGCGCGUAUGAAUUCAGAUGGGCCACGCACCUCACAAAUGUCCUCAGUGACGGGUGAUUCAGAGGCCACCAUCAGCGCAUUCGUCAACAGCAUACAUCCAGAUUUCAACAUUAUCAUUUCAAUCACUGCUUUCUCAGCCUGUCUGUUUACCCUCUUUAUAGUCCUUUUUGCACUCUCCACCAAGGAGUCUCGACGCCGCCUGGUGUUUCGGCUGAAUGUGUCUGCAAUCUGUGUCGUCCUAACGCUGAGCAUAUUAGCUGGCUUCACUAAUGGGAGGCCCAUAAUCGACCCCUCCUACCAGGUGCCAAGGAGUCUCUUUAUUGCUACAGUUGCCUUCUUGUUCUUCCCACCAAUACUAUUCGACUCGAUAUUGUUGACUCGCCUCUUCGCGCUCUACCCCCCUGCCAUCACUCCUCUAGCCACUCUACUGAAAAUAUUCGCAUUCCCCUUCUGCGUCAAAUGCACUCGAGUGGCCGUUAUCACCAUUUGCUUACGUGACUUCAUCAGCUCCGGGAAGACUACCGAGGCUCUCAUACGGGAUGAGUUAACCAUCUGGUUCCGUAACCCUUACCUGAUCGCCGGGUGGACGGUUCAAAUCGCAGACAACUUGUACUCCGUCGGCCUCUUCCUUUACAACCUCCACGUCCGCUUAAGACCGAUAAAAAACGUCGGUAUAUCAAUGUCAGGCCGCAUCCGCCAAGUCUUCUACAUCUCUGCCGCCAAUUUCGUUUUCCCUCUUAUAUUCAACAUCGCACUACUCUUCUUUGUCACGACCGAUCAUUCCCCCAAUACCGGCAUCCUGCUAGUCUUCAUCAACAACUACAUAACUGUCAUGGGUGUAUUGUGCGCAACGCUCUGGUUCUCGAGAUUAGAGUGGGUCCGGACUCAUGACGAGCCAUUAUCUGGUGAAAUGCCGUCACACGCGCUGAACUUGGGAAGGGUGUCCGUCAUUGACCGCAAGGCAGCAAGCGACAUGGUGUUAAUGGGGGCCAGGACUGUCGCACUUAACCCGGAAGAAGACAUUGAAGCACGGGCGGAGUCCACGCUCCACGGGAAAACGAGGAUAAGUAUCCCAUAGUGUGAUUUCAAAUCCCAAGCCAUGUAACAACUCUGUCCCGGUUAGGACAGCCUGUAUACCGACCAUGCUCUCUACGCCAAUGUAUGUAUAAGAAGUGUGACGAUACAC